AUGGCUCUCUUACCGGACCUGGUUAUCAACCAAAUCUUCCGACUUGUUACCACUAAAACCGCUGUUCGCAUGAGCUUUCUUUCCAAGCAAUGGGAAGGCAUGUUGUCUUCACUCCCCAUGUUAGACUUUGACGAGGGUGGUGAUCAUCGGUUUGACCAAAACGACAACUUUAUUCAGCACAGCAAGUUCAUCAACAUCUUACAAAAGUAUUGGGAACUAUGUGAGAAAGAUCGAGAAGCAACAAAAACAACUCCCUUAGACAAAUUCAGGCUUCGCAUGACGAGAUACUCAUCUAGAGACGCCAGUAUGGUGUAUAAGUUACUGUCUAGUUCAAUCGAGAGAAGCGUGAAAGAGUUGGAUAUCAGCCUUAGAGGGUGUACCGUGAAAAAUUACUACUACCUGUGCCGGACCAACCUUAUCAAUGCAAAAACUCUAACCACUCUAAAUUUGGAGUAUGUGAGGAUGAAGAACAUUGACAGUUGUGUCGAGCCUAUUGACUACUCUAUCUCUCUGCGCCUUCUUCCUUCUUUGAAAACCAUGUCUCUUAAAACUGUUCAAUUUGAUCACAAUGCUCUCUUCUUCUUAGUUUGGGAGUGCCCUUUCAUUGAGCAUCUUUCCUUGGCUUCAUGUUCUUUUGAACUCUCCGAGAUUCGUCUUUUAAGUCCCACACUCAAAUCCUUGGAAAUUAAGCACUGCAAGGCUUCUCAAGCUGUACUUUAUGUCGAAGAUCUUGAAUCUCUUUCCAUCGUUUCAUCAGACUUUCCGUUGGAAGGCGUGAUCUUGGAAAGAUGCUUCAAAUUGAAACAUGUUAAUAUAUGUGCUCAGUUCUUGGAAUGGUUUUAUUUACAAGGACAAUGCCAUGAUGUUAAUGCCGUAAUCGACGCUCCAGCCCUAUUUUUUUUCAGUUUCAGAGGUCAUUUAGAGUCCAAAUUUUCUUUGAAAGCUCCAAAUUUACGUAAAUCCCGUAUCAUACUAUUGAACGAAGAAUUAUCCUCCUUCACCGGGCAAUGGAAGCAUUUUCCUAAACUGAAAGAUUUUCUCCAAGAAUUUGGUAGUUGCAAAGAGAUGGUCCUCUAUGUUGACGAUUUUGAGGUUCUCAUAUUUCCAGAAGAUUUCAGAAAGACCUUGGCUUCACCAAUAUUGGCAGAUCUCGAAUUUCUAGAACUUACAAUUGAGAACCCUCCUACAUAUGAGAGAGAUAAGCAAAACUUGAAGGACUCCUUGCAUUGGAUGGCACCUGCUCUGAAGCUUAUUGAGUCGGAUGUGUAUUUAAACUAG